CGCAGCUCGCGAAGGCUCUCGGCGCGCGGCGGCUGGCGCGCGGCGGCCCGCAGGCACCCGGCACGCGCCCGCCCCGCCGCCACGAUGCCCAAGAGGAAGGUCAGCUCCGCCGAGGGGGCGGCCAAGGAGGAGCCCAAGCGGAGGUCGACCCGGCUGUCGGCGAAGCCCGUGAAAGUGGAGGCGAAGCCCAAGAAGGCGGCGGGAAAGGAUAAAUCAUCAGACAAAAAAGAGCAAGCAAAAGGGAAGAGGGGCGCAAAGGGGAAGCAGGCGGAGGUGGCUAACCAAGAAACUAAAGAAGACUUGCCCGCAGAGAACGGAGAGACUAAGAACCAGGAGAGUCCAGCUUCUGAUGCCGCAGGAGAGAAAGAAGCCAAGUCUGAUUAAUGUCAUGUACCAUGUCUUACAAGUGCUCCCUGUCUCCCUUCUUGUACAAUCCAGAGGAAUAUUUUUAUCAACUAUUUUGUAAAUGCAAGUUUUUUAGUAGCUCUAGAAACAUUUCUAAGAAGGAGGGAAACCCACCUCAUCCCAUUUUUUAAGUGUAAAUGCUUUUUUUUAAGAGGUGAAAUCAUUUGCUGGUUGUUUAUUUUUUGGUACAACCAGAAAAUAGUGGGAUAUUGAAUAUGGGAGGCUUUGAUUGUCUUGGGCGUCUGCUUAGCAUUCCAUAGAUGGGGAAGUUUUUAUAUCCUGUUGUAUAAAGCUACUAAAUG